UGCGGGAGCGAGCUGCGGCUGCGACUCCAGGGUGUCUGGCGCUUACUCCAGGAAUCAUGGCCAAGUUUGCCCUGAAUCAGAAUCUGUCUGACCUGGGCAGCCCUCAUCUGUGCCCGGGUCCGAUCCAGGGCGCCCGAAGCCCGAGCUCGCCCUACACAGUGGAGACUCCCUACGGCUUCCACCUGGAUCUGGAUUUCCUCAAGUACAUCGAGGAGCUGGAGCGCGGCCCUGCAGCCCGCCGCACCCCGGGGCUCCCGUCUGCUCGCCGCCCCCGGGCGUCCAGGACCGGCCUGGCAGGCGUGCGCAGCCCAGGCGCCUGGACAUCCAGCGAGUCCCUGGCCAGUGACGACGCAGGAGCGCCGGGCGCACUCUCCCCGGGCGCGUCCUCGGGGCUCCUGCUGUCGCCGCGCUUACCGGCGCGCAACCCGCGCGUGGAGCACACGCUCCUGGAGACCAGCCGGCGCCUGCAGCUGGCGCAGGCGCAGCUGCGGCGGCUUACCGAGCGCCUGGCCACCUCCGAGCGCGGCGUCCGCGCCAGGGCCGGCCCUCGGGUUGAUGGUCCCGAUGUGUCUCCUUCGAGGCACAGCGAAGAGGAGCUCCAGGUCUUGGAUGGGGCGGACGGGGCCCCAGAGGGGGCGCCCCAGGCGCGGGAGGCCAGCGUGCAGGCCGUGCUGGAGACCCAAGAGGCAGGAGUGCAGGCCGUGCGGGAGACCCGAAAUGCUGGCGCGGUGGCCGCCCCCGACACCCUCGAGGCAGACACAUGGGUGACAGAGGCGCUGCUGGGGUUGCCCGCGGCCGCCGAGCGGGAGGUGGGACUGCUGCGGGCCAGCCUGGAGCACCAGCGGGGGGUGAGUGAGCUGCUGCGCGGCCGUCUGCACGAGCUGGAGGAGGUCCUCGGGGCAGCCCCGGCCCAGCCCCAGCAGUGGGAGGCUGCCACCCAGACCGCGCGCGAGUGUGCCGAGAAGGCUACACAGACGGAGCCCCGCGCGGAGGCCCCUUCCCCGACACAGGAGAAUCCGCCCGAACCCUCCGGUGGGGCUAGGGCCUCGGCGCCCGCGGGCAUCCUUAAAUCCAUCAUGAAGAAGAGAGACGGCACUCCCGGAGCCCAGCCCAGCCCUGGACCCAAGAACCUGCAAUUCGUUGGGGUCCUCAACGGAGAGUACGAGAGCUCAUCCAGCGAGGACAGCGAAAGCGGUGGCGAGGAGGGAGCCGUUGAGCCCCCCAGGGGCAGCUCCUCCGGCUCCGGCUCCGGGGAGGACAGCGGUGGCGGAUCUGACUCGGGUACCCCUGAGCCCCCCAGCCUUGGGGAUGUGCGGGACCCGGUGCAGGAGGCGGCGGAGGCGGAGGCGGAGCCGGAGGCGGAGGCGGAGCCCCAGCCCGGGGCGCCGGCCAGGUGCGAGCUGAGUCCGCGCCUGAAGGAGGCCUGCACGGCGCUGCACCGGCAGCUGAGCCGGCCCCGCGGAGUCGCCCGCGACGGCGGUGCAGCGCGCCUGGUGGCCCAGGAGUGGUUCCGAGUGUCCAGCCAGAGGCGCUCGCGGGCAGAGGCUGUGGCCGGGAUGCUGGGCACCGUGGCCGGCAUGGGACCCGAGCUGCUGGCACAUGUGGUGAACCUGGCCGACGGCAACGGAAACACAGCCUUGCACUACAGCGUGUCGCAUGGGAACCUGGCCAUCUCACGCCUGCUCCUGGACACGGGCGUCUGUGAGGUUGACCGCCAGAACCGUGCCGGCUACUCGGCCCUCAUGCUGUCUGCACUGGCCUCAGUGGGGCGGGAGGAAGAGGAUAUGGCCGUGGUCCAGAGACUCUUCCACAUGGGCGACGUCAACGCCAAGGCUAGCCAGACAGGACAGACGGCCCUCAUGCUGGCCAUCAGUCACGGUCGCCAGGACAUGGUGGCAGCCCUGCUGGCAUGUGGGGCAGACGUGAACGUGCAGGACGCAGACGGGGCCACGGCGCUCAUGUGCGCCAGCGAGUACGGGCGCCUGGACACCGUCCGGUUGCUGCUGGCCCAGCCCGGCUGCGACCCUGCCCUCCUGGACAACGAGGGCACCAGCGCCCUGGCUGUCGCACUAGAGGCUGAGCAGGAUGAGGUGGCUGCUCUGCUGCACACCCACCUGAGCUUGGGCCAGUCAAGCCCAACGUCACCUCCUGACUCCCCCUCGGCCACACCUGGUGAAGGAAGACACAGCGACACAGAAGAGGAUUCCCAGCCUCAGUAAGCAGCCUGGACACUGGACCCAGCAGCUCUCCCUCCCGCGCCCAGGACCCAGGCCACAGCUGGGAGCGGGUCUGCAGGGAAGGCUUCAUGACUCAGUGUCCAGGUCACUCUGGAUGCAUCAGAGUGAGGUGGGGCUGAGGAGAGUCCCUAGUCCACACAUUCCCAGAAACUUCAAUAAAACAUUCCUACUUGUACCUUGUUU